AAACCUAAAAACGAAAGCAAAAUGUGUAAAUGUCUGGCUGGUAACGUAGCGUGCUGCUGCUUCAAUUGCGCACUCAACGUUCUUGUUUCAAUAAUCAGUGCGUUCUUGGUGAUCUUUAUAAUUGUUGGAUUAAUAGUCUACUUUGUUUACUACUACGAAAAGGAGGACGAAGUUACAAAGCUUCAUAAUGAUAUUCAAGAUGGGAUUAAAAAUACAUUCGACAAUUUAAAAAAUAAAUUAAGCCCAUAAUCUAUAAGCACCAUCUUUCAAUACCAGCCUCGUUUAAGCUUGCUUAUGCCUAGCGUUUCAUCCUUUACAUUGACUACAAUUUUCACGACAAAUGCUAUUUAUAUGUAUAGCUUUUUAAAACACAAGUGCAGAUGUACAAAAGCAAACGAAUAAUGGAAAGUUUUUGCAUUUUUAGUAUUCUUUAUAAAUACAGUAUAAGGUUUGAUAAAUAUUUAUGUGUGUUUUGAUGUACACGAAAUGUUCUUUUGAAUCUCAAAAACAUUAAUUUAUUUGAAUCCAUAUACAAUAAAAAAUAACGUUUUA